UUCCCAGUUUUUUUUUUUUUUACAGUAAGCAGUGCCGGACAAAGAACAGUGUAGUAGUAAACGUCUGACUGUUGUAGAAUCAACAAGGCGCCUUUUAGUGUGUCAACGGAUUAGGAUUAAUUAGAAUAAAAGCUCAUGACAUACAACUGACAACAUGGCAAAACACAUACAGAAAUUCUCAACUGCUGUUUUGGCAAAUCUUGCAAAUUCUGCAAAAUCGGGAAACACAGAGAAGAGAUUGCUGGUGUCACUUGCCGCAACUAGGAAAAAUCGGCACAAUGCAGGACAUAAUAAAAGUUUUCGCAGGGGUUAUGAAGAGAGCGCCACAAAGAGUGGCCAUCUGCAGAGCACCUUGAACAAAUAUAUGAACAUCCCCCAACCAGAGGAUAUGGUGCAAGUGAUGUAUGUGUGGAUUGAUGGAUCAGGACAGGGUCUCAGAUGUAAAACUAAAACUGUUAAAAAAGAGCCAGAAAGACCUGAAGAUUGUCCCGAAUGGAAUUUCGAUGGGUCCAGUACGGGUCAAGCUGAAGGGAGAGACUCUGAUGUGUAUCUAAUCCCUGCAGCAUUGUACGCUGAUCCAUUCCGUCAGGGACCUAAUAAGGUCCUGCUAUGUGAAACCAGGGACAAAAAUAUGCAACCCCAUGUUACCAACAAAAGAUUCAGCGCCAAUCAGGUUAUGGAAAAGGUAAAAGACACUAACCCUCUGUUUGCCUUUGAGCAGGAGUAUACACUGUUGGAUGUAGACCAACACCCCCUUGGUUGGCCCAAACAAGGUUAUCCAGCACCUCAAGGGCCAUACUAUUGCAGUGUAGGCGCAGACAGAUCCCAUGGUCGAGUGAUCGAGGAGGCACAUUACAGAGCUUGUUUGUAUGCCGGCAUCAAUAUCUCAGGAACAAAUGCAGAGGUCAUGCCUGGACAGUGGGAAUACCAAGUAGGGCCAGUGGAAGGUAUUGGCAUGGGAGAUCAGCUCUGGAUGUCACGAUUCUUCCUACAUCGUGUGGCUGAAGACUUUGGUGUGGUAGCUACCCUUGACCCCAAGCCCAUGCCUGGUGACUGGAAUGGUGCAGGAGCUCACGUAAACUACAACACAAAGGCCAUGUGGGAGAAGGAAGGAGGGCUUAAAGCUAUCGAGGAGGCCAUAGAAAAACUAGCCAAGCGUCAUGACCUUCAUAUACGCAUGUAUGAUCCUAACCAAGGAGCUGAUAAUGCACGUCGUCUAACAGGCCUGCACGAGACCGCACAUAUAAGUGAGUUCUCUUCCGGAGUUGCUGACCGUGGUGCCAGUAUUCGUAUUCCCCGUAACGUUGCAGCCCGUGGGUGGGGCUACCUUGAAGAUAGGAGGCCAUCUUCUAACUGUGAUCCAUAUGUUGUGACUGAGUAUCUUGUUCGCACCACAGUGCUCAAUGAAACGGGAAACGAGUAAAGAUCUUACAUCAUUAUUCAUUAACAUUACAAAUCAUUGUAUGGACCAGUUCACAAAAAGUACAUUGUAAAACAUUGAUAUUACAUAGUCAUACCAUUUUCAUUCAAUUUAUACGAAAAUAUACAAUGUAACGAAAUAUCUAGAAUGGUGUCCAUACAACAGUAAUUAUAACAAAAAUAUGACCCCCUUCGUAUUAAAAUAUUUACAACUUGAGGAAGCUGAAAUAAUUAGUGAAAAAGUGCAUUAUAGAAAUAAAAUUUCCAUACUUUUGUCCAGUGUUGAAAUACUAUUUAUUGAAAUCAUACAAAACAUAAAUGCAAGCGGAUGAUUGGCUUAUGUUUGAGGGAGACAUCUUUUAUUUAUAACAGUAACUAUUACUGAAAGCCAUUGGUUAUUUGUGUUAUGCUAUUCCUGUACCUGAUAACUGUUGAAACCACAAGGUUUCCUUUACUAUUCUCCUUAAUGUUUGUUGUGAUCUCACUUGGGGCUAUUUGGCUACUGUGUAGUUGACGAAGAGCUCUUCAAUUUUUGAAAAUGUAACCUACAAUUUUAGCUAUUAGCAGUCUUAGGUAGAAAUACCUCACCAAUUUGAAUUUUCAUUUACUGAAAUCGUUCAAACUGCUUAGUGGAAAAAUAGCAUUUUUAGUAAAAAUGUAGAAGUGAGCAAUUAGCUUGGUGUAGAUAUCUACAUGCACAUUGUACUGUACAUACACAUGACAUACACGAUAGGGUUAUAAACUGAAACGCACAUAACAUGAUUUAUAUUAUUAAAAGUUAAAGAUAUAAGGGAAACAUUGGAGGUCUACAUGGUUAUGGUUUACACAAAUGUAUACUGUACUUUAUAUUAGAGUGACUGUUAUAUGGUAUAUAUGUAAUGUAUGUAUAAAAUAUGAACAUUUUAUUCUUAUACGAAACCUUCAAUAAUGUUAAUGUGAUCUUGUUCAUGAGAAGUUAAUUGCUUUUAGAAAUCUAUUUUAUGAGAUAAAAACAUAGUUUGUUGUCUAAUAAAGAAGAGGCUAUGAAAAGUAUCUCAAUUGAUUUAUUUUUAUUUUUUUACCUCACUCAUAUAUGUGAUGAGGUUUUCUAGUAGGAUCGGGGUAUGGUGUCGAACUCUCUACUGAUAAAAUGCAGUUUGGUUGCUGGACUGGGGAAAUUGGAUAACUAACUUGCCCGUAGCCACCUUUUACCAGGAGGGGGAGCUUUU